AUGGCAACCGCUCCCAAAGAAGCUCUUAUUUCUCUGUUUUUGAGGUUGCGUCUGGCCCAGGGGAAGAAGCUGUUUGUCAGUCUGCUGGUGUGUGAUUUUAUCGACCUACGGUACGUCAGUGCGCUCUCCACAGAGGAGCGUGAGAGCUCCUCCACCUCGGCCCUGGACGCUGCCUCGUCCUCGCCUCGGAUGAGUCCGACCACGGCGGUGUCAUCCGCAUCCUUGACGAUGCGGUUGGUUGGGGCGACUUAUCAGGACCGGAUGUUGCUCCUGGCGGAGAGGAGGAAGCUCCAGACGGAGAUGGAGAACAAGAAGCAGCAGCUGGAGGACGACCGGCGAGAACUGCAGCACCUCAAGUCCAAGGCCCUGAGGGAGCGCUGGCUGCUGGACUCGGGACCUCCGUCUGGACCAGGUCAGGACCAGGACCAGGAUCAGGAUCAGAACCAGGAUCAGGCCAGGACCCGGAGCCUGGAGGAAACCAUCCGCAGGUUGGAGCAGGAGCUGCUCAGCUUGGAGGCCGAAGCCUCGCAUUACAGGGAGGUCGCAGAGGUCACCGAGGUCAAAGUUCAAAAGAGUCCUCAACCGACUGAGGUGAUGAAAGCCCCUGCAGAGGUCAAAGUUCGCAGGAGUCCUCGAGAGAAUGAGGAGUUGAAAAGAGCCCUGUACUCGGUCCAGAUCCGGGUGGAGCGGGACCGGCUGACCGGCGAGACCCGGGUCCUGUCCAGCAGCACCACGCCCCCGGUGGACGCGCACGCACACACACACGCCGUCAAGGUGUACGAGGACCGCAGCCGAGUGGUCCACGAGGUGGACGGCCUCGGAGGCUCCGCCCCCCUCAGCUCCGCCCAGGUGGACCAGCUGCUGCUGCAGGCCGACCGCGUUGCCAUGGCGACCCCGCCGGAAGAGGAGGAAGGGGCGGGGCCUCCCCCUGAGGUGGGCGGGGCCAGCGAAGAGACCCCGGUCACCAUGGUGUUCCUGGGCUACCAGAGCGUGGAGGAGGAGGAGGAGGAGGAAGAGGAAAGGGGCGGGGCCGUGAGGGCGGAGCUAGUGCUGCUGGAAGGAGAGGCCACGCCCACUGCACCCGAGGUCACGCCCACCACGCCCCCUCUCGCUCCUCCCACCGCUGCUAUAACUCCUCCUCCUCCCGCCUUAGCCAGCACUCCCACUGACGCCACCGUAGCCACGCCCACUGGCAACAUGGCCACGCCCGCUUCCGCCUUGGCAGCCACGCCCACCCCUGCGGCCCCGCCCCCCGCGACCAAGAAGGAGAAGUCGCCGUGCAGGUGCUGCAGCAUCAUGUGA